GAAUAUUCAGCGUGCUGGAGCGAGUAUAAAUGAAUGAGCGUGGAGAUUCAUCAGCUCAGAGUUUCUUCAGCGAGAUCGCGGGCAGCUGGCAGACAGGCUGAAUCUCACACAGAAUGCUUGAAGCAUUUUACAGCGUGAGAAAAGUAUAUUACAUGAUCAUUUUCAUUAUUGGUGUUCCUGUGAAUUUAGUGGCGAUUGUGAUCCUGUCCCGGGGAAAGUGCGGACUCUCCAAGUGCACCACUCGUUACCUGGUGGCCAUGGCAACGGCGGAUCUACUGACCAUCGUCUUUGAGGUCAUACUUUGGAGGAUCAGUUAUUAUUUCUUCCCUGGGACUUUCCUGGACAUCACUCCCGUGUGCAGUGUGAUCUCUACUCUGGGAGUGGCAGCCACAGACUGUUCUGUCUGGUUCACCGUCACUUUUACAUUUGAUCGGUUUGUCGCCAUCUCUUACCAGAAGCGGAAAGCAAUAUAUUGCACCGGGAAAACUGCAGCUGUGGUUCUGACAACAACCGGCGCUCUGUUCUGUUUUAAAAAUGUGCCCUACUUCUUUCGAUAUCGUCCUGUGAAAGUGAUUGACAAUAUACCCUGGGACUGUAUUAUAAAGCCGAGCUACUAUACGCAUCCCGGCUGGGUGGGAUAUGUCUGGCUCGCUACCGUUCUUAUGCCAUUACUCCCGUUCGUGUUAAUACUGUUGUUCAACGCUCUGACAGUCAGGCACAUUUUAGUGACGAGUCGCGUCCGUAAGGGGCUGAGGGGUCAGAACAAGGCGGAAAACCGCAGUGACCCGGAGAUGGAGAGCAGGAGGAGGUCUGUGAUCUUACUUCUCACCAUCUCCGGAAGCUUCGUCAUCCUGUGGUCGGUAAAAUUUGCCGAAUUCCUUUAUUACACAGUUGCCGUAUUGGAUCAAAAUAAUUACAACGAUUCGGAAUACAUUCUUCAACACUCUGGAGAGAUGCUGAUGAUGUUAAGUUGCUGCACAAACACGUUUAUUUAUGGGGUAACUCAGUCCAGGUUCAGAGAGCAGUUCAUCAGCGCAGCGAAAUAUCCGCUCGCGUCAAUUAUUCAACGAAUUAAUAAACAAAAUAUGUAA